AUGCAUGACCAGAUUUUUGCCCUGUUUCAAGCCAAUAUGGAAGAGAUGUACGAGGCCAAUGGCAUAUGGGAUGUGCGGUCCAAGCGGGCUGAGCUUCAACACGCGUCCUCACGAUACCUCUUGGCGUUGCCUGCCUCUGACGCUGAGCCGGCCUCUGUAGCAAGAGUCUGUCGCCGCUCGGCACGGCACAUGAAGGGAGCACCUGACACACCUACGCCUCUCUAUGGAUUUAUCAUGUGGCGCUUUGAUACGGACGACACCGUAGACGGUGACCCAUGUGCUGAUCCCGGUGACGAUGAAGUCGAGGUAUCUUAUUGUUACGAACUGCAGGUGGAUGCAGCGUACCGCGGACGUCAUAUUGGUACGCGACUUCUGACCACUCUUGAGCAUGUGUCGUGGCGCGCUCACAUGCGAAAAGUAGCGCUGACAGUGUUUCACAUGAACCAAGGUGCGCGCGCAUUUUACAAGCAGCGCGGAUACACAGCCGAUGUCACAUCGCCCACGGCUGACACAAACAAGGAAGACGAGGUGGAUGAAGUCCACUACAUGAUAUUAAGUACAUGCAAUCCCUCCAUCAAGCAUUCAUAG